CGUGCUGUGCGUGAUUACAGUGUUACUCGCGGAAGUGACGGCAUCACGGCGAUGGCGGCUCGCAGUUUCAUUCCGGAUUUCCACUGGACUACAAACUGAUUUUAACCGGACCGGUUAGACUUUAGGGAACUUUUGUACAGACGUUUCUCUUUGGACGCCGCACUGUGUGAAGUAGCAGUGAAUCAGUACUUCACAACGAGCGGCCCCACAGCUUUUUUGGGGCAUUUUUGUCCAGAGUUCAAGGUGGUCACCCUGUCGAGCUAGCGUUAGCUUGGUGGCUAGUUGGUACACAGUCAGCUCUUGAGCUAGUUUGUCAACGAGCUGCGUGUUAAGGUCCAUCCAGCAGCAGCAGCAGCAGCUAUUCUUUUAACCCCCUCCACGUUUGUCUUUCACAGCUACAAUGGACUCUCUGUAUUGCUAGUUGUGCCACAAGUGUGCAGAGCGAGGUACUCACACGUUUGCUUGGCCUCUUGUUAAUUUGAAUCGCUAGUUUGGCGGCUGUGGCUAAAGACGGAUUUGGACUCAAUAGCAAGCAAGUUCCUUCAGCAAUUACCCCAACAGCUUGGGACAAAAGCGUGCUAUCAGCUGAAGAUCGAAGUUGAGUUGCUGUGGGGUCUUUGCGUGCUCAUCAACAUGCUGAAGACCCGGCAGUGUUUACUUGGCAUCCGCACUUUUCUCGGUUUAACAUCCAGAAUAUGGGGCUUCUUCAUGUACAUCCUCAGGAAGCACCUACGAACGAUAAUCCAGUAUCAGACGGUGCGAUACGACACUUUGCCUCUGUCACCUAUCUCCAGAAACAGACUCAAUGCAGUAAAGAGGAAGAUUUUGGUUCUGGACCUGGAUGAGACACUGAUCCACUCUCACCAUGACGGGGUUCUCAGACCCACAGUGAGGCCUGGCACGCCGCCAGACUUUAUCCUCAAAGUUGUCAUUGAUAAGCACCCAGUCAGAUUCUUUGUACAUAAAAGGCCACAUGUUGACUUCUUUUUAGAAGUGGUGAGCCAGUGGUAUUUGUAGGUGGUUUUUACAGCCAGUAUGGAGAUCUAUGGCUCAGCAGUGGCAGACAAGCUGGACAACAACAGGAACAUCUUGAAACGCAGAUACUACAGACAACAUUGUACAUUGGAUCUAGGUAGUUAUAUUAAAGACCUGUCUGUAGUACAUGAUGACCUGUCUAGUAUUGUCAUCCUGGACAACUCGCCCGGUGCUUAUCGUAGCCAUCCAGACAAUGCAAUACCCAUCAAGUCCUGGUUCAGCGACCCCAGUGACACAGCACUUCUUAACUUGUUGCCUAUGCUGGAUGCACUAAGGUUCACUGCUGAUGUCCGCUCCGUCCUCAGUCGAAACCUCCACCAGCACCGGCUCUGGUGAUUGGCUGAAUCAAGGCGGGGGGUGGGCUUGUUGACCAGCCUUUUCCUCUUUGCCAGCUUCCAUCCUGCCUGGUGUUCCCACACAGACGACCCACCAGCCCUCUGUAAGCCUCUCGGACAUGUCCUGAGGAGAUGAGGGUUGGGGUGACCGCCUAUCAUGGGGUGAACAGUAUGGGAUCACAAGAGCCCAGAAACUACUGGGAAUAGAGGGGGAGCCAGCCAGUUGUUUUUCUUCUUCUUGAUUCUUUAUUUGUAUUUUUUUUUUUUCCAAAAACAAAUGGAGCCUCUCUGCCUUAUCGCUCCUGGUACUGACUGUGUGCAUCUGGAGCUGAGCUUGUGUACAAGAGUUCUUUAGUCGUUUUUUAAAACUUUUUUGAAGACUGGGAGAGUGAGAAAGAGAAGGAUCAGCACAGACAAUUCUACAUUAUUAUUUCCUCUUCUCCAUCACCACUGGACAUUGCACU